UUCCUUAUUACACAAAAAAUCAGAUUUCAGACUUGUCUUCUCUUCAAUUCCUCUUCUUCUCUCUUAUCUUCUUCUUCAUCACACGAACCCUUAAAUUCCAAUUUUCCGAACACGAAAUGCACGGACAGAGUACGAUGGAUUCGGACUUGGCUCUCCUCGACUCGAUUCGCCGACACCUUCUCGGCGAGCCGGAGAUCCGAAUCGGAGCUCCGGUCACCAAUUCCGGUCCCGUGGCUCCGGUUUUCUGCCGGAGCUCCAGUUUCAGCAGCCUUUACCCUUGCUUGACGGAGAACUGGGGCGAAUUGCCUCUCAAAGAGGACGAUUCCGAGGACAUGGUGCUCUACGGCGUCCUCCGCGAUGCCGUCAGCGUCGGUUGGGUCCCCUCCCUCGGCGGCGGGGGCGGCGCAGAGUCGCCGGAGACCUGCUUCACCAUGGUGAAAUCGGAGCCGGAGGUAUUGUCGGCAGUGAACAGAUUGCCUGAGAACUCUGUUUCUCCAGCGGCGGAGAAGGCGGCGGCGCCAGCGGUGGUGCCUCCGAAGGGGAAGCACUACAGGGGAGUGAGGCAGCGGCCGUGGGGGAAGUUCGCAGCGGAGAUUAGGGAUCCGGCAAAAAACGGAGCUAGAGUUUGGCUCGGGACGUUCGAGACCGCCGAGGACGCUGCCUUGGCGUACGACCGGGCGGCGUACCGGAUGCGAGGGUCGCGAGCUUUGCUGAACUUCCCGCUCCGGGUUAACUCUGGCGAGCCUGAUCCGGUGAGAGUGACGUCGAAGAGGUCGUCGCCGGAGCCUUCGUCGUCGUCUUCUUGUUCUUCUUCUUCGGCGUCGUCGUCGUCAGAGAGUGGAUCGCCGAAGAGGAGGAAGAAGGCGGGUAGGAAUGGAACGACGUCGUUGGGGAUGAUGGCGAACAGGGUUGAGCAACAAGUGGUCGUGGGUGUUGGAAUGCAAGUUGCCACGUCUACACAUGGCGAACAGUUAUUGGUUAGCUAAUGCUUGUAGUUGGACCAGACACUAAAGACUGUAAUUACGCGUCUGAGACGUAGAUUUUGGCUUUACCCAUUUUUUGGAUUUUUUUUUCUUUUUUAUUUUUUUAAGGAGAAAUUUGAAAAAGAAAAGGAUGAUGAAUGGGAAUAAAUAUAUAAGAAAAAAGGGUUUGAUAUAUAAUGGGGCUGCUUGUUUUGUUUGAUUGUGAAUAUACAAAAAUUUCUUAUA